UCCUGAAGCCUGUCAGCUAAAGCACAUGGACAACUACCUAAAUGGUCAGAGAGAGAGUGUGUAUGUGCCUAUGAGGAGGGGACUGUAUUUCCAUAGACACCAUUACUUUUAUUUUGCCUGUUUGUUUCCCUGGAAACAAGGGGCAGUCUUGAAUAUAUUAGUUGUCCCCCAUGAAUACGAUGAAGGAGGAUUCAGCACACGCUGAACAUAGCAGGCAGGGGAAUAUCAAAUGGCCAGUAAGCACGACUGGCAUGAAGUUUAGUCUCAGCUUGCACACCUACAAGAGUGACUGCCAAUGAAUGGUUUCUUGCAAGAGGCACGGGGGAGAGCUAAAAAUCAUUCCAGUACAGUGCAAAGUGGAAAUCCACUUGCAAGAAAAGAAAAGUGAGCUUUAACAAUAUGUGAUGGCAGACAGAGGUCUGGCAUCAGUGAAUGGAAGUUCCCCUGAUCUGCAGGAUUACAAAUGGAAAAGUAGAUGCAGAAAAGAUCAGCUAAGAAGGAAACUAUUUUUUUCAAGAAGUUCUGUCUGAAGGCAGUCUGAAACUAUUUGUACAUUUCUGGCAAAUCCAGGGAGGGGAAAGACUCUUGACUCCGUUCCUUCCCUAUCAGAGGACGCUUUGCUCCCGAGAUGAACAGAUCACUGGCCCUGCUAAACUCUUCGGGGAGCAGUGAGAGCAACAGUUGGCAGCUGAUCUCUGUAAUCAUUCCCUUGGCGUACUCUCUGAUUUUCCUAGUAGGCACCGUGGGCAACUCUCUGGUCCUGGCAGUGCUGCUGAGAAAUGGGCAAGUGAACAAUACCACCAACCUCUUCAUCCUCAAUCUAGGGGUGGCUGACCUGUGCUUCAUUGUCUUCUGUGUGCCCUUCCAGGCCACCAUCUACAGCCUGGAUGAUUGGAUCUUUGGCCCCUUCAUGUGCAAAGCAGUGCAUUUCUUCAUCUACCUGACUAUGUAUGCCAGCAGUUUCACUCUCACAACUGUCUCCUUAGAUAGGUAUUUGGCUAUAAGGUAUCCUUUGCAUUCGAGAGAACUAAGAACACCCAGAAAUGCUCUCACAGCAAUUUGCCUCAUUUGGGGUCUUUCAUUCAUCUUCUCUGGACCGUAUGUCAGCUACUACAAGGAGUUUCAGAUUGCCAAUGUUACUGUCUGUCAUCCCAUCUGGGAAGUUUCACAGCGGAAAAUUAUGGACCUCUGCACGUUUGUCUUCAGCUAUGUCAUCCCAGUGUUGAUCCUCAGCCUCACCUACCUGAGGACUAUCCGCUAUCUCUGGACAUCUGUGGAUCCCAUGAAAGUCAUGUCUGAUUCCAAGAAGAGUAAACGUAAAGUCACUCGGAUGAUCAUCAUUGUGGCUGUUCUCUUCUGCCUUUGCUGGCUGCCCCACCACUUGGUCAUCCUCUGUUUUUGGUUUGGUUAUUUCCCCUUCAACAAUGUUACCUAUGUGCUCAGGGUCCUGUCUCACCUAAUCUCAUAUGCCAAUUCCUGCGUCAAUCCUAUUGUCUAUGCCCUGGUAUCCAAGCAUUUCCGCAAGGGAUUCAAGAAGAUCUUCAGUUGCCUGUUGCAUAAAAGAGUGACCAACAAAGUUCAUGUAGCACAUGUGACUCACACAGUUAGUACUUUGGAAGGAGAUUUGACAGAGGCAAUACAUGUCAAUGAGCCUGUACAUACAGGAGCUUCUACCUGCUGUCAGAUCCUAGUUCAGACAUGGGAUAAGGCAGAACAGCUGAGCUGUCAAGAGAAAGUUACCAACUCUUCCAUCACUUUCAAUGUCACCUAGGAUAGUUCUUGCAGUAGUGGGUUCCAGUCAAAGAAGGAUUGCUAUAAU